AUGUAGAAGAUUAGCAAAGAUUUAAGCUUUCUUAUGAAAGAAAGUAAAUAUAAGCUUGAAAAAACAAAGAUGGUUGAUGAAGAUGUUAAUUUAGAUGUAUCAUACAUUAAAUCAGGAAAGUUUAAAAAUUUUUCAGCCUUUUAAAAUCACAUAUAUAUGUUUAUUGAAGAUUAUCGUAAUAUGUUGAUAGCUGAAGAAGAAAAGAGAGAGAUGCUUAGUGCUGCACCUACUCCCUCUGCUUUUUAAAUUUCAAUAGCUAAUCCGAACAAUUAAAAUGGAGGAUUAGCUUAAUCUAAAUCUCUUCAAAUGGAUAAAGAUAUGAAUUAAAGCAAAUUUUCAUCAAAUAACUUUAAUAAUAAUUCAAAGUUAUUAACUAGCGAUUAUGAUUAUAUGGAAAAUGAAAAAUUCGACGAUUAGUAUGAUUAAAUGAUAGUUAAAAUUGAAUAGUAUAUGCGUAUUUGUAGGGAGCAAAAGUAUGAAGUAAAAGAAGCUUCUUUAAUUCACAUGUUAAAUUAUAUAUUUUAUUACCGACCUGUGGGUUUGGAGUUAGAUUAGGAUAUCCUAGUAAAAAUAGCUGAGAGUUUUGAAACAUAUGUGGCAAAUUUACUUAUUUGUGAAUUAAGCUACUACGAAAAAUGUGAAGAUUCUAGAUAUGCUCAUUUGUUUCCUAAUGGUUUAUAAAAUAGAGAUAGUAACUAGUUUAGUUAAGGGAAUAGUAAUAAUAGAAAUACGAAUUAUCUAGCAUAAGAUGAAAACUCCUUUGAAAAUAAUGCAGCAAACAAUAAUGGCAAUAGUAGCAAGUAAAUGAUUGCUUUUGAUUUUAUUUAGCAGGAAACACUUUGGGAGUAUAUUAGUUUUUAUGCUCUCUAUAUUUUCAAGAAGAAAAAGAGUGAAAACAAAAUAAACAACAACAAUAACUAAUAAAUGCUUCAAAAGAUGGUAUACUCUUUUCUUUAACUUUGCAUAUUCAAGUUUAAAGCCUAAGAGUAAGCAAAAAUAAGAGAGCCUACCUUGAAGUUAAUUGAACACGUUUUCUUAAAAUCAUACUUACAUGAAGAAUUUAUUGUACUGAAUAACUUUAUAUUUUUAAGAUAUUUGCUUCUUAUAUAAUUUCGUAAUAGAGGCUUGUUGCAAGAUAUAUUAAAUAGGGUUAUUUCUAAAUAUAAAAUAUAAAUACCAUUUUUUAUUGAAAAAAUCUACUCUCUUUAUUGUGAAAACGACUACAUUUAAAACAUCAUUCUAUUUUUGAAUGAAUGCUGGUGGUAAAUUACAGAAAGAGACGUUAGGACAGAGUUAUUUGAAAGAGUUUUAGUAAGUACUUAGACUCGUAUUUACACUUAGGAAGAUAGAUAAUAGUUUAUAUUAGAUGUAAAAGAAAAAUUAAGAAUUUCAAAUGAAGAUGAUAUUUUCUAUCCAUGUAUUUCUAACGAAGACUAUUGUGCUCUGUAUUCUUAACAGUAAAUUGAAUAAAGUAUAUGCCAGCUUUUUAAAGCUAACAAAGAAAACUUAAUCCUGCAAUACCAAUAUUAUAUAAUAAAAUACAUAUUAAACAACUAAAAUGAAUAAAUACUUGCAAAUAAGAUUACAAGAAAUUUUAGUAGGUAGAAAGAAAUCAAUAAAAGAGUAAUUUAAAUGAUUUUUAAUGAAAUGAAAUCAGAUAAUGCUAAAUACUGCUUAAAGCUAUUAUAUGUUGUCUAUAAAAAAAUAUUUAUGAAUAAUGAGUGGUAAGAUUUAAAGCACACUCUUUUUCUAUCAUACCCAUUUUUACUGAUGAAGUAACUUGAUAAAAAAUAAGAAGAAGAAACUCAAGAAAAAAUUAGAUAAAGUUAUCUUAACAGAGAAAAUAGUGCCAUUAAGCGUAGUGACGAAGAACAAAGAUAGUAAAAUAUUUCCAAUCUUUAGCAAGUUCGUCUAAAAAAAAAUAUAAAGAGUAUUCAAACAAAGUAAAAAGAAAACAUAUUUACAAAUUCAUAUCUUGUUGAAACUCCUUAGCUAAGCAAAUAUAGCCCGAUUUCAAAGGCUUUAGAAAAUUAGCAAAGAAGAAUACUUUUCUUAUUGAGACUAGGCUUUACAAUCAUUGAACAAAGAGAAUCUAACAUAAUAGAAGAAGCUAAGUUUGAAAGUUUAUUUUUCUCAAAUACCAUUAGUGAUUAUUUGCCUUUCGAAGAAGGAAAUGAAUCAAACACACAGUUCUUAUUUUUUAAUGAGUUCUUCCCAAUUAUUCUGAAAAUUAUUGAUUAAUAUAAAAUGCUUGAUAACAAUAAGAUUAUAAUAUUAGAAAUUUCUAAAAUAAUUGGAUAUCUUAAUUAAAUUAAAUAAAAUGCAUUUACAAUUAAAGAAUUUCCUAUUCUUAUAUCUUAAAUAAAACUGUAUCCUGAGAAUAUUUAAAAUAACCUCAUAGAUUUAAUAGUGAGCAUGUCUCUUGAAAAUGGUGAAGCUUAUUAUAAAUUAGUAGAAGAAAAUUUUCUUAAAGAAUCUGAAUAUAACCAUUUAAAUAAUUUGUCAAAACUUAAAUUCAAUUCGGAAAGCUAUGAAAGAAAAUUCGAUAGUGUCAAAAAUAUCAGGAUAAAAAUUCCUUAUGCAUUUUAAUUUGUUUUUAAGCUUAUUAACAAUAGAGCACUAACUAGAGAGGCUACUCUUAUAUUUUUAAUAUUGUUAAAAAAAAUAUCUAAACUUGAAUACAAUCAAGUCAAUCUCCAAUGUUGCAUAAGCUAAAUUUUAAAAAUUAUAAAGUAAAAUAAUGAUCCUGAUAUCCAAAAGCUUCUCUUCAAUGUGCUAGAAUAGUUAUCAUUAAAUAUGAACGUUUAGACACUAAGUAAGUUAAUGAAAUUUUUCAGACCUUUAAACUAGGAUAAAAGAUAAAUCUUUUCAGAUAAGGAUUAAAAUGACGAAGAAACUUCUAAUUCGUUCUCUUUGAUUCCUUAAAUAGCUAUGUAAAAUAUUUCUUCUAUAAACAGUGAAAAUAAAUCAUUAAAUUAUGAGACUUCUUAUGAAAAUCUUAAGAACAAUUAUCUUGAAAUCCUUUCAUUGCUUAAAAAACUUUGUAAUAGAAAUUUAUAAGCUGUCUACACAAACAAUAGUUUCUACUUAGAUUUUUCAAAAAAGUCUUUUAUUAGUGCAAAUAAUCUUGGCUAGUUCUCAAAUGACAACUUUUCUUUUAUUAUAACAUUCCGUUUGCAUGAAUUCGAAGAUAAUAUUUAAGGAUCAUAAUAGUAGUAUAUACUAUAAAUUUAAUCAGAUAAAAGCGAAAAAGAGUAAUGCAGCUUAGAAAUUUUAAUUGAAAAAUCAAGUCGUGAUAAUAACUAUGGAAUCUGCAUUAGAUACAAAGAAAGUGAUAUUUUAAAAUCUAAAUCUUCGAAUUUAGACUCUUCUUUAAUAAAUUAGGAUAACCAAAUAAAGUAGCAAGAUUUCUUUAAAGUGGAUCUUGAAAGCAAUAAAUGGUAUCUUCUUGGUAUAUGCUAUACAAAUAAACCACCUAACAAUAAUUAUUAAGCAGGAAGAUUUUAUCUCUUUCUAAAUGGAAAUUAAGUGUUCUAUUCUGGGACUAAUAAAUUUGAUCUUUAAAAAUUAAAAAACUUAGACUAAUUGUUUUUAGGUAAUGAUGAAAGCAAAAAGCAAGGUUUGUAGGGAUAAAUUUCUAACUUUUUUAUGUCUAAUUCUUUCAUGGAAGGAAAAGAUAUAUUUUAAAUGUUCUAAUUCUAUCAAGAAGGUAGAAUAUCUAACUAUCCAAAUUACUUUGAAUCUAUACGCUUCGUAUUGCAGCUAAAUAUUAGUGCAUUUUAGAAUAAAGAAUUAAUAUCUACUUAAGAAGUAAAUAAUGGGCUUGAGUGUCAAGAAAAAGAAAAGUUAGAGAGGGGAAACUUUUUAAGUAAACUUUUUUCUAAAUCGUAAAAGUAGAUAAGACAAACAAAAUUCAUAAGCGUCUAAGCUGGUGGAAAUUUGUUUUAUAUUUAAAAAAUGACUUUGGUAGAAGCUUGCUUGUAAGUAGGAAACAUUGAUAUAUUUUUAUUCAUCAUUCAAAUAGUUGCAAAGAAUUAAGAUUUUACACAUAAAUAAAGUAACGAAAUAGUAGCUGAUAUAUUUAACCUACUCAGUGAGUUUUACUUAAGAUAUCGUGAAUACUUAGAAACUCUAGAAAAGUAGCGUCUUGAAAAUUUUACAAGUGAUAAAUGUGAAAAAUUUUUAGAUUUUAAUGAUGACUUGAAAAUAUUUCUUUAAGAUGAUGGUUUUAGGAUAAUAUCUAAAUUGUUAUAUGAUUUUAUUACAAUGAAAAAAGGUUGUGAAGUCUUUUUAGUAUAGUGGUUAGUAAGGUUUUUAGAGACUUUGAAGCCAUAACAAGAGUUAUUUUUUUAAGGAGUCCAUGAUAUAAUUAUGAAUAUGGAAAUAUGGUGCUUAGCAAGCAAAAAAAUAUAGGAAAAAGUCUUAGAAUGGGUGCUUUCUAAUGUAAAAUAGAAUUUAUAACUGAAAAAAUACUUGUUAGAAAAAGAAUACUUUUAAAAAAUAUUUUUAUUCUAAAAUUCAAUGAUGUUCCAUUCAGAAAGAGGAGAUGAAUAGGAAUAUAUGAGAAGCAGAUUAAACGAUGUUAUUCUCAUUUUGAUACAGCAAAGCGAAACUGAUAAAACAGGAGAAAAUUUUGGAAAGUUAAUUGAAAUAUUUUACUAAUUCUUUGUUUUUACUCUUUAUGAUGAGAAAAUAAAAUCUGUUAAGCUAAAGAGGAUAAGUGAGUUUCUAGAAAUGUUUGAAAAAAUUUUAAAAUCUCCAAAAAUGACAAUUUAAAAUUUAAAAAAAAUAAUUUAUAUAAAAUACAAUUUUCCUUAAAGUGAUAAUAUGAAAAUUUAGGAAGUCAGCAUUCUUAACAUCUGGCAAACUAUUCUUUAGCAAAUUAAAUAGCAAAAAAUAAGCUAUGAUUCUUAACAAAAUUAAACUAAUUAGUAGAUAAUUACUAAAAUUUUAAAAAAUUUAAAGAGAAUCCUUGAAGUCAAAGAAAAGUUGCAGGCAAAAAUUGAGAACUACUUUGGCAAAACCCACUUUUUUUAUCAAGAUUUAGAAAAGAUUAUGCUUGAUUUGUCUGAUAUGCUCUUUUGUAAUGAAAGUUCACUAGAAAUCUCUUAGGGUAAAAAGGGCUAGUACUAAGUAAACAGAAACUCACAAGUUUAACAAAAUUCAUCUGAAAAAAGAUAUUUUUAAAUUAGCAGAGACAGUGGAGAAAACAGCUCAUAAAAUAGAGAUACUUAAUAUAGAAAUACAACAUUUUCUAGCUCCAACGAAAGCUACUUCUUAGAAUACAAAGAUGAUAAAGAAACGCAAGAGCAAUUAUACAUAGAUAUUUUAAGCGCAUGUAUAAAUUUUGAUUAGCCUUCAAUGAGACUUUCUCUUCUCCUGAAAAUCUUAGAUGCAAAUAUCGAAAGAAUAGAUAAGUAAAGCAGAGAUAAAUUAUUUAGAAUGUACAUCAGUAAAUCAGAUACUCCUUCUAUGCUAAAAUCUAUCAAUUUCUACCCUGAGUUUGUUAAGUUUAUUUCUAAAUUAAUGAAACUUGAUAGGGUUUAUUUCAACUAAAUAAGUGCAAAGUAUCUUGCUUACAAGCUUUCUUAUGAGUUAGAUGAUUUUUUAUAAGCUUUAGUUUCAUAUGAAAUAAAUGGUUUUAUUUACACAAUACUUAAUUUUCUAGACGAAGGACUUAAAAUCAUUUUAAAUCCAGAUCUCUCUGAUAAGUAUGGAGCAUAUAUAAAAGUUCAGGGAGACGAAGCCUCUGAUGAAAGAAAAACUUAUACCAUUUUUAGAGUUUUAUCUAUACUUGAAGACAUGCUCAUUAUAAAAUCUUAAAUUUUAAUGAAGCCUGUUACUAGUCAUAAUAAAUUAAGAAAGAGCACUACAAUAGAAAAUUCUUAAUCUUCAAGAACAUCAAUAUCACACUUGACUGAUCAACAAUAAUAUUAGAAUGAAAUUAAACUAUUUAGUGCAUCAAAUAACUAUGUAAGUCCUGAAUUUUAUUCAUAUGGUCAAUCUUCGCAAAGCCCUCCUCACUUCACUUUACCCUUUUUACAAUUAGUUUAGCAACAUACAACCCCUAAUUUAAAUACCUAAGAAUAGGCUUUAAAUAACACUUCUAAUGAAUAAGAAUACUUGAAAUAAUAGCAAAAUUCUACAGUAUUUCUAUCAAUUUUUAUGCAGUGUUUUGAGUAUUUAAAGGAGUAAGAAAUUAUUUACUCAACAAUCCCAUAAAUACUUCAAUAAAAAGAAAAAAUUAAAAUUCUUGAUAAUGAAUCAUCUCUUUUUUAAGGUAUUUUGGGAAUAAAAAAUAUGAAUAAUGUUGAUAAUUAUAAAAAAAAUUCAGAGUCAAGUAAUGGAGAAAAAGAAUCAAAAGGAAAUUUAAAAAGUAAUUUAAAUCUAAUAUUUAAUGCUGAUGGUAUAUAAAAGUCAACUUAAAAAACCAGUCAUAUAGGAUCAUAAGUAAAAGCUGGAGGAAUGAUGAGACUUGUUACUAAUUUUUUGUUUUAAUUCAUUAAAAAGUGUGAAUUUGAAGAGGAUUUUAUAUAAGCUCUAAAUCUACUUUAAAGUUUUAUUUUUGAUUUAAAACCUAAUACUGAAUAAAUUGGAGAUAAUAACGUAAAGUUCUUGUAAAAUAGGUUUAUUAAAUUUCCUUUUUGUGUCUAAAGAGAGGAAGAUUUAAUGUAUUAUUAUAUCCGUUAAUAUUUAUUUUGCUCUCUUCUCCAUUUAGUCAAGAAUUUAAAGCAUAAUCGCUUAACUAGUGUACCAUAUAAAAAUUUUUCUAACUCAAAUAUCAAUCUCACUAAUAAUAAUAGUUGUGAAUAAACUCCAUAAAAUGAAAGACUUUAUACUAUAUAAGAGGUUGAUAGUAUGCAAGGAAGUGUCAAAGUUUUCACGAGAUUAGGUUUAAAUUCAUAGUCUUCUAACAACACAUAUAAUGAAAAAACUCCGCGUCCAAGCCAACAAGCUCUUUAACUUUCAUAAUAAUUGAGUUUACCUUUAAAUAAAGAGUUCAGUGCAGAAUUUGAAGACAAAUAAAGUCGUGCUACUACUAGCAACAAUACAAAAUAUUCUUCUAAAAAGUCUUUAGAAUAGAUUACAGAAGCUCCUUUUGAAGAAAAACUCAAUAAAAUUAAUCUAAGUUUACCUUUAGAUUAAAAUGUAAAUCUAGAUGAAAAUUAAAAUGGAUUAGAAGUAUAAGAAGCUCCUGAUAAUGAGUUUGGAUUCUACAACAGAAAGAAAGAAUAAAUAUAAUAUUAGAGUUUUGGAGGAAACUAAGCAAUAGUAUGCCAAAAUAAUCACUCUAUUAUUGAAAGUGAAAAAAAGAAAUCAGAUAUUCAUUUACUUUCACCAAAUAUUUUAAGAAAAAAAUCUGAUUCAAUUUUACAAACAAAAUCACCAAAUCUAGGAAGUAUGUUAGGAACAGAUGAAAAUGAUAAUUCACAAACAAAAACAAGCUAAUAUAGAAAGAGAAGCAGUAAAAUAGGUGAAGAUGAAGAAGAAUAAAAAGGCAGUUUAGAAAUUGAGUAAAGCUCAAAGAAUAAUGAUUUUAAAAAUGAAUAAAGUGAAAAAGAAAUUUAAAAUCACCAAACAAAAGAAGAUUUAGUAAAAAUAAAAUCUUAAAACAGUAACGAAGACACAAAUGAUUAAUAAAAAAAUUAAAUUUUAAAGCAAAACAGCUAUGAAUUAGAUAAAAAUAACAAAGAUAGGGCUAUUCAUUCUGAUUUAUCCUUGGAUAAUUAGAGUAUAGGGAGCUUAUCCCCAUUAACAGCUAAGUAAAAGAUAAUUUAAUCAAAAGAAAAAUUUAUUAACAACAGCAACAAUAACAAAGAAAUUAAUACUCUUCAAUUAAAUAUUUCAACCCCAUAAAAUAUACAAAAUGGAUUUAAUAAUUAUUCAUUUAACUAAGCAUUAGCAAAAUCCAUGUCUAAUAAUUAGAUGAAUAAUAAUAACAAUAAUAAUAAUAAUUAAAAUGACGCUUCAAUCAAUUAAAUGAUAAGGAGCAAGAGUAUUUCAAAUGAAGGAUUGGAAGCAGACUUUUUUUUAAGUAAAACGCCUUCAUAAAAAUAAUAACCUCAGUUACUAGGACUACAAUCUUUAAAGAAUAAUUUAAAUAAUUCUCAUAUAGAUCAUUAGUAAAAUACUCCAAGAUUAAACUCGCUUUCAUAUUUAGCAGAACAUACACUGGGAUAGAUAAGUCAUAUUUCAUAAAAAGACCAUUAAUAUGAUUUCGCAAUAGAAUAGUAGUAGAUAGAGAAGUUAGAACGAGAUAUUUAAAAUAUAAAAGUUUUUAAAGAGUUACUUCUUUUUAUUAAUGAGUUUAUGAUUUAAAAUGGAAAUUAUAUUUUAUACAAAUAUAAAUAAGCUGCAUUCCUUUAAUAGUUUUUAAGUGAGUUUAAUAGCCAAAAGACAUAAUCUAUACCAAAAAUGAAUUCUAUUCAUAGUGAUUAUUCUGCAGAAGGAGGGAAUAGUAGUAGCAGUUAACAGCACCUUGUAUUAUAUUAGGGAGAAGAAAGAAACAAGUAAACAAAAAUUAAAGAAAAAAUAAUAAAAAUUGAAAGAGGAAUAAAUGAGAAGAUAAAAGCAAUACAAGUAUUUUAGUAAUAUUACAACAUAAUACCUUAGAAUUUUAAUGAAAAUAUUUAUACUCAGAUAAAAAAAUAUUUGAACUAAUCAAAGAGCUUAUGCCCUGAAUAUAAUAUGUAUCUAAGAAGCAUAGAAAAGAUACUUGAAAUUUGUGAAAACAGCUAAGUUAGUAAUUAAUUGCAGUCUUUAAAUUAAUUGAAUGAGUUCUUUAAAAACGAUUCUUACAUACUUAGUAAAAACUUCUUGCAAGUAUUCCAUAGAGAUUGCUAUUAUUCUAUAAAAUUGGUUGAAAGAAUAAGGCAAUAUUAAGCUGAUAAUAGUUCUACUUCUAAUAAGAGUACACCAAAAAGUAGUCAAAUGAAAUAAAUAAAAGACUAUGAAUAACUAUUUUAAAAAGUUACUGAAAAAUGUCUAUUAAAGAUUAAAUCAAAACAUAAGGAAGAAAAGUGGCUUUAAAAUAAGGUAGUUUCAAAAUGGGAUAAUUAAUUGAAAAAUAUGGUUAGUUAAAAAGGAAUUUGGUUUUAAAGGGAAAAGUAAAAUGGUGAAGUUUUUUACAAACUUAGAAGAUAUUAAGAUGACUUUGGUAGAAGAUUUUUUAUAGGACCAGAUCUAUCAAAGACUGAUGGUUUUUAUAGCUCUCCAUCAAGAAGAAAUAAAGCUUCACAUUUAUUAAAUCAUAAAUCGAUAAACAUUCCUUCGCUUGAGUGCUUAGAUUAGCAGCAGUAGCAAUUUGUCUAGAGACAAAGUCUUUAGCAUUCUAAAUAUUAAUAAAAAUCUCCAAAUGACUCUUUAAUUUCAUAAAAAGAGAAUGAUGAUGAAAAUAUUGAUUUAUAUGGAAUUUAAGCUAAAGAUUAAUCAUUUGAGUAAAAUGAAAUGCCUAAACCGAGAGAAGCUUAUAAAAGCAAAUAUUACUAAAGUCAAAAGAAGUCUUCAAGUGAUAAUAUGCUAUCGGAAAUAUAAACAAAUUUAGAAAAUAAAAUAUACAGCGAUUAAAAAGAAAUUUAAUAAUUUUCUGAAGGCAUUUAUGAAGAUGACAGCUAAGAUAAUUAUAGAGAGUCUACAUAAUUAUAAGAGAAUAGUUAAUUAAGAGGUUUAUUAGGAACUAAUGCUAUAAUUUCCAAAAGGAGAAAUGGUUAUACAGAGAAGGCAGAUUUUAUCAAAGAGAAUUCUAGUAGCUAAAAUUAAGAAGAAAAAUAAUAGUUAAGGAUGAAAUUCUUCCGCUCACCCAAGCCAAGAUCAAAAACUGUAGCAGAUACAGCAAUAGGUAAUUCAUAAGAAUCGUAUAAAAAGUAUAUGUAAGAAAAAUAUCAUCCAACUUAGGAGUAAAUCGAACAAUCUGAAAUAACACCAAAAAGACCCUCAAAAAAUAAAUACGACGAAUAAAUGGAAAAAGUUAUUUUAAAGCAACAAAAUAAUUUGCAAGUAAAUAAUAUUGAGAAUUUAAAAAUAGAAUGCGAAUACAUAACUUUGAAAUGUUCAUAUUAUGGUUAUGUUGUAAUCAAUGAAGAACAUAUUAAUUUUAUAUGCUAAGAAAAUAAGUAAAGGCCUACAGAGCAUAUUUAUACUCUUUACGGCUCUCAUAUAGAUUCUUUGAGUUACAAAAAAUUAAAGAAAAAAAUAUAAAUGAUAGAUAUUUUAAGUAUUCACUCUCGUCGUUUCAACAUGAAAGAAAUCGCUAUAGAAAUAUUUACCAAUAAUUCAAAGACAUACUACUUUAAUUUUUAUAAUCAAAGGUAGAGAGGAUACUUUUUUGAUAAAAUAGAAAUGAUAAAACAAAAUAACUAGAAUAUGAUUGAAAAGCUUUAAAAAAAUAAUACACACUUAGGGGUUUCAAGUUAACAGAAUGAAAGAUAAAAUGAUUCUGAGUCUAAUUCAAGCGAUUCAAAUUACUAAGAAAAAUAAAGGAUGUAAUAGUACGAAAACGAAUUCAGUUAAAACAACAAAGAAUAUAAUGCUAAAAAACUCAAUAAUGCAGAAAGGAUAAAAAAUAUUGAAUUGGUAAUAAACAGGGUAGACCACUUCAAAUAAAAAAAAUUCACAGAAAAAUGGAAAAAAGGAGAAUUAUCUAAUUUUGACUAUCUAAUUCUAGUUAAUUAAUACUCAUCGAGGUCAUUUAAUGAUAUUACUUAAUAUCCUAUUUUUCCUUGGAUUUUUAACAGGUAUGACAAACAAGAUAUUGAUCUAAACAACCCAGCACAUUAUAGAGAUCUUUAAAAGCCUGUUGGAGCUUUGAAUCCUGAAAGACUCGAAGAAUUUUAAAAGCGUUAUUAAUCAUCAUACUCAAAUGAUUUCUCUUCUGCUUACUUUUACUCUUCUCACUACUGCUCCUAAGCAUUUAUUUACAACUAUUUGAUACGUUUAGAACCAUUUACAAAGCUUCACUUUGACUUUAUGGCAAAAAAAUUUGAUUGUCCUUAAAGACUUUUUUAUUCUAUACCCAAUACUUGGUAUUCUUGUUUAACUAAUGCGAAUGAUUUGAGAGAGUUAAUACCAGAAUUCUUUUACUUGCCUGAGUUCUUAAAGCCAAAACCUCAUCUCUAACUUGGAAAUUUACCAAACGGAAAAAGCAUCAACAGUGUAGAAUUACCUAACUGGGCAAACAAUCCAGAGCAUUUUAUAGCCAUACAUAGAAAGGGUUUAGAAAGUCCUUAUGUUUCUAAGAAUUUAGGAAAAUGGAUUGAUUUAAUUUUUGGAACUAAGCAAAGGUCAUAUGAAGAUAAUAAUAUUUUCCCAGAUUGCUGCUACUAAGAAUUUAUAUUUAGUAGAACAUAAAAUGACAAUGUACAAUAAAUAAUUUAAAUGAGUAUGUCCAUUCUAGUAGGUUAAUGUCCAUGCCAAAUAUUUAAUCUUCCUCAUGACUAUAAGAGCAUAUUACAAAUUGAAGAAGAUAUUAAUUUAAGGUCAUUUGAUUUUAAAGAAUAAGAAUUAGAAGGACCUUUUAAAAAUAAGACUAUCAUAGGUUUCUUUUAAAUAGGCAAAAACAUUUACAUUUAUGAUACUUAAAAUUAAAUUUAUUCAAUAAGAACAAAUCAUUUAAUGAAAAACUUCAAUCGUCGUAUUUUUAAAGAUAAGAAUAUUUAAAAUGAAUAUGAAUUUAAAGAGAGAGGAAUCAACACAAAUUAUUAAUUAAACAACAUAAUGUACUCAUUUAAUGAAUAAAUCAUGUUUGUAGGUGGAUUCUAGGAUUCAUCUUUCAGAAUAUACAAAGAUCUUAAACAAAUUUAAAAAAUUCACUACCAUAAAAAACCAAUAUCAAUAAUAAGGGGAUCUGAUAAACAUAAUUUAGUAUUUUGCACAAGUGAAGAUCUUCGUAUAUCUGUUUGGGACGUAUAGAAAGAAAGUGGCUAUAAGCUAUAACACUUAUUUUAUAUUUAUGGACACAACCAAUAAAUAAAAACUAUUUGCUUAAGUGAUUCAUAGAAAAUCAUUUUUUCUACUGAUAAGGACCGUGUUUGUCUCAUACAUUCUUAUAAAGGAAAAUUUUUAAAUAGCUUUGCUAUGAGACAUGUUGAGUCAGAUGAUUUCGCAACGCUCUCGUGUUUUUCUCCAGAUUGCUCAUAAAUUUUUUUAUCCUCUUUCUUUAAUAAAAUUUAGCUCUACAACUUAAAUGGCGAAUUACUAUUCGAUUACUCUUAUAAAUCAAAAAUCCUUAACAAUAUAAUUUAAGUUGACUUCUUUUUAGAAACUAGCAUACUCAUUUGCACUCAAACAGGAUAAGUAAAUAUAUUAUAAGAUUAUCAUAAAUACAUAUCGAAUAAAAAUGAUAUUAUAGUUGAUUAAUAACAAUUCUUCUUUAAGAGUAUAUCUAAAUAAACAAACUUAGAUAUUACUGCUUUUGUCAAUUUAUCAGAUAAAUCUGAUUAUGACAUUCUAUGUAUAACAAAGUCAGGAAUUUUUAAAGCAUUUAAGAAAUAGGCAAUCAAAGAAAAAUGA